UGCUGCAAUUCGGGUAUUAUUAAUUAUUCAGUGGAAAGGACUUUCAGGAAUCAGAGACAAGGUUUAAUGAUGGAGAAAGUUGGAAUUAAUACUUCUGACAAGAAUAGUGGCCAACAAAAUGAGUAUGAACAACAAAGGUUAAAGAGGAUUCAGGAUAAUAAGUAUAGAAUGCAAUCCUUGGGUAUCAAGCGCAUUUCAGCAUCCUUGACAAGUUUAGUGGAAAGCAAAAAAGAAAAUAAGAAGAUGAAGAAGAGCCAAAAUGUGACUAAGAUAGAUAAGGACUAUGUUCCAAACUUUGAUGAUGAGGAUGACAUGAAUUUUCUAGAUGAUAAUGAAUAUGAGAAAGAAGAUGAUAUUGCAAUGCCAAAGAAGGAUAAGCGUUCUGCAACUAAAGGAAAGCUGAAAAAAAGUCAAUUCAUUCCACCAAUGUGUGUGGCUAAGUUUUUUAAUAUGAAUAAAAAGCAACAAGCAGCAAUGGUAGGAGAUAAAACUUUUAAAUCACUUUCAAAAGCCAUGAAAGUUGUGGAACAAGCCAUUAGUAAUAAUCACGUACAAUCAAAUGCACAUCAAAAAAAUAUUGGUCAAGAUGAAGACAUACAAGAUAUCGAAGGAAUUGUAGAGGAUUUGAAUGAAAAUGCUGAUAAUGAGGUUGAAAUGAAUAAAGAUAUGAAUGAGCAUUUAUUUGAUGAUGAUGUUCAAAUGAAUCAAGAGGAUAUGGAGAUACACAAUGAUGAGGAUUUUUAAGUAACAGGUGAUGUAUCUACUCAUGUGGUUGAUGAUGAAUUAAAUGGAGAUAGAAGGCUUAUUGUAGUAGAAGGUGAUAUAAUAUACAUUGUAUUGUCUUUGUUGUUGUUUUUUUUUUCUUUUAUUUUUUUUUUUUGGAAAAAUGAUUUUAAUUAUUACUACUUUCGUAACUCUUAAUGUUUAGGUCCUGUUAAGAGAAGACGAGGGCCUAUAUAUAGCAGAAAGCUUUACUAUAUUGCCUCCUGGAGAAAAAAUAUAUGUGGAGUUUAAUAAGGAUGGCAUUCCUGUUGGAAAAAAUUCAUCACUCUUUGCUUUUUUCUUGGGUGAACAAGUAAGAAAUCGCGCCGUCAUUCCUUUGCAAGUUAAAGAUUGGGAAGACAUUCAGCCUGAUAAAAAGGAACAUCUUUGGAGUUGUGUUUUGGUAAGAAGCUUUUUUCAAAGUGUAACCCCUCAAUGACCCAUUCAAGUAACCCCACUUAAAUAACACCACUUAAGUAACCCUUCAAGUAACCAUCUAAUAACUCCUUACGUAACACCCGUCCUAGUAACCCUUGGCCCACCACCACCCCAAUACGCCAUGCCACCACCACCAUACACCAAAACCACAAACAAACAUAGAUCCAACCGAACCCACAACCAGAUCGUAAAAAAAAAUAAAAAUAAAAAAAUAAAUAAUAAAAAAAAAUUAUAUUAAAUCGAACAGAUACUUUUAAAAUUAACAAUGACUUCGAUUUUCACUUCAAGUAUGGCUAAAAAGGCCAAAUUGAAUCAUGAAAACUCUACAUCUAUAGUUUUUAUGGCCGAAUUUGGCCUUAAAAACCUUUAAUUUGUUUUCUGACGACAAUAACGAGGAGCUCCGACCUUGAAAACUCGAACUCAACUUCUCAUCAACGAUUUAACGAUUAUCUCUUCAUCAAAAAAUUUAAAUUCUGGAGAAAAAAAAGAUGAGAGAGAAUGAGGAGAGAGAGAGAAAGA